AUGAUAUCUGGCGCGCGAGUACACGGUUGUCACAGCAGCCUCUCAUUUGACACGUACCGGAAUCUCGCAACCCCUUGGGAGGCUCAGAUGCUGUUCGAUAUCACUGUGUUCGGCCUUACUCUCGUUCAAUCCUAUAAGCAUAGGGAAAAUCUCCGAUGGUUUCGAGGGUUACAAAUGGAGCGUUCGGGUACGCUGGAACUAGUAGAGUUGCUGUUUCGAGAUGUGAUGGCGUUGGUCAAUUUGGCAAAUGUUCUAACAUUUUAUGAUCCAUUGCGUGGUUCACUUUCAACAUUCGCCAGCUGUGUCUCUAUCACGAUGAUGUCGCGCCUCGUGCUAAAUCUGCACGAUGCUUCGUUGCUACUGCCAUCUCAACACCCUACAACAUCCUCGAUGACCUUUGCUUCUAUGCGCGAUGCGAGAAAGUCAAUUUCAGAUGGGACGGAAAUGCUACCAAGUAACCACUCUGACGCAGAAACUCAGGACAGCGCGACUCGUGCGAUUGAGCUGAGUCGGAUUGAGCGGCCACAAUCAGCGAAUGAACAUGUUCAGAUAUGA